UUGCCUUGCUGCAAGUGAAGAUACACGGAACUGAAAUCCAGGAGUGCUUGGAGCUGUUGAACAAAAGGUGUGCAUUUUGUGUGUGUUGGGGGGGAGAGACAAAGACACAGUAACAUAUUAAGGACAACAAACUUCUACAGCACCUUUACAGUGGGAGAGGCAAGACAAACAAACUUCAAACUUUUCUCUGUUUCUCAAGAAUGUUCAUCAGAGGAUCUAGGAGGAGGCGUUCCAACAGAUCACUGAGUGAGGCAGAGGAUCCAGACAGAGGUCAGCCUUGUAAUUCGUGUGGGGAGCAGUGUCCUGGAUUUCUUGUCCACGGAUGGAGGAAGAUCUGCUUGCACUGUAAGUGCCCAAGGGAAGAGCACGCAGUAAAUGCCAUGCCUGGUGAUUUGGAAAAAAUGAUGUGCAAAUUGGUAUCCGAUUUUCAGCGGCACUCCAUAUCAGAUGAUGAUUCUGGCUGUGCUUCUGAAGAAUAUGCCUGGGUACCACCUGGUAUUAAGCCAGAACAGGUUUAUCAGUAUUUCAGCUGCAUUCCUGAAGACAGAGUUCCCUAUGUAAACAGCCCGGGAGAGAGAUACAGAAUUAAACAGCUUCUGCAUCAGCUCCCACCACAUGACAGUGAGGCACAGUACUGUAAUUCACUGGAUGAAGAUGAGAAAAAGGAACUCCGAUUGUUUAGCCAGCAGCGGAAACGGGAGAACCUUGGAAGAGGGACUGUCCGGCUUUAUCCACUGACAAUGAUUGGAGCAGUCUGUGAACAGUGUGGUAAACAGAUACGAGGGGGAGACAUUGCAGUUUUUGCAAGCCGAGCAGGACACGGAGUAUCCUGGCAUCCCCAGUGCUUUGUAUGUGCAGUCUGCAGUGAACUUUUGGUGGAUCUGAUCUACUUUUAUCAAGACCGGAAGAUCUACUGUGGAAGACAUCAUGCAGAACAAUUAAAACCACGUUGUCAAGCCUGUGAUGAGAUCAUCUUUGCAGAUGAGUGCACAGAGGCAGAAGGCAGACACUGGCACAUGAAGCAUUUCUGCUGCUUUGAAUGUGAGACAGCACUGGGAGGCCAGAGGUACAUCAUGAAAGAGAGCCGUCCGUACUGCUGCAGCUGUUACGAAUCUUUGCAUGCAGAGUACUGUGACACUUGUGGAGAACACAUAGGCAUUGACCAGGGUCAGAUGACAUAUGAGGGACAACACUGGCAUGCAUCCGACAAAUGCUUCAGCUGUGCUCACUGCAGAAAGCCUCUGCUUGGCAAACCCUUCUUACCCAAACAAGGACAGAUAUUUUGCUCUAGAUCAUGCAGCCUCGGUGAGGACCCCAAUGGCUCUGACUCCUGUGAUUCUGCAUUUCAGACCCGUACAAGGGAAUCCCGACGGAGUGGCAGGCAGCGAAAAAUGUCCAUAACAAAAGACUGCAGACCUCUUGCUGUGUGCAGGUCAACACCCUUCUCUGGAAACCUGCCUUCUGUCCCUUCCCCACCUUCCUUGCCUGAGGGUAAUAAUGAUCCCAUGAGUCGUAACCAACAUUUCAGAAAGGAUACAGUACAGGGACUACAGCAGGAAGGUUCUUCUGAAGUCAGUUCUGGACAGGUGUCACCACAGGGAGAGCCUCCUUGGGCAGAUCAUAGUAUAAACAGGACAAAGGCACCUGAUAACCAUAUACAUGAGAGACCUAAAUCAGUGUCAUGUCAAAGUCCAGUGGAAUUCCUCAAUGGAAGUGCCUUUCGUAGUGAUUGCUUUAGGCAGAAAGAAGAGACUAGUGAACUAUCUGACAGUGGGUCACAGAGAUCUUCAAGGGGGGGAUCUUUCAGAAGAUGGGAAGCUGAUAUCAGUACCAGAAGUCUGAAAAUGUCUGAGCCCAUUGGCAAAUUAGCAUAUGGCAAGGAGGUUCACCCCCCACAGUAUGCCUCACGUGGUACAUCAACGAGCUUUGACAAGUCCGAUCAGAUUAACAAAGGUACUGAUAGUGAAGAUAGCAUCAAGUUUAGAAAGCCACAGAGAUAUUCCAUGCCUGAUCUUGAUAAAAAGUUUGUUUCUGAUUUGGAGGUAAAUUCUUCUUCUUCUGAAGCGAAUCUCUCAGUGAAGCCAAAGAAGAAAGAAUCCAUCCCCACAUCAAGAUCAGAAAAACCUCUGGACAUAACAGACAGAAGAAGCUGCUAUGUACAGAGUCAAGCCCGUGUCAGUUUUCGGGAGCCACUGAGCUCCACUAUUCAGAUGGAGUCGAUCACAGCUGAAAAUGAGAAUGCACUUCCUGGGAUGCCAUUAGCUGAGGACCAGACUCUGGAAAACAUUUCUGGAGAAGGAGGAAGAGCUGGGCGGCAUCGUAGCUACCGCCGACGGCGGUCCCAAACAAGCAGGCGAGCACAUUCGGACAAUGCACUUCAUCUUGCUACAGAAUACAGGUCUCAUUCAAGGGAUCGUCCUUCCCUGUACAGCAAAGAGGAAUUUGAAAAAAUGAUGGCUGCACAGGAAGGGGCCACAGAGUACAGCAACAGGGCUCUAAAUAAAACAGGGACUGCACAAUGCCCUCCUUCUACUGUGGACCUUCACGUAAGGAAUCGGAUUGGGGAUCCAUACCACGGACUUUACUGUACAGAUGAUGACUGGUGUUCUACAUGCUCUUCCUCUUCAGAUUCUGAGGAGGAAGGGUAUUUUCUUGGAGAACCUAUUCCACUGCCCCCUUACCUGCAAUCCAGCACUAGCCGCGAUCCCAGGACUUUGUCCUCUCCCACUUUGCAAAGCAAGGGUAUGCGUAAGGUGCAUCGUAAGGGCUCUCGAAGGGACAAAAACUGCAUUGUUUCAUAAUUUAAUGCUGGCAUUUUUAAGGAGCAUUUUUGGGGUGGUAAUUUAUAUUCCGUUUACAGAAUUUUUCUGUAAGAAAGUCUUUCAGAACUGAUAUUUGGAGCUGAACAUAUAACUGCCAUAAACUGUAGAAAAAAAACAUCAAAACAUUUCUAUUAAUUUUGUAACAGACCUUGUAAUACAGCUAUUAAGAAUACUGUGCUACAAGUUAGAAAACUUCAAAACAUGAUCAAGGCCUAUGGCAAGCAUGUAAUUUCAGAGUAAUAUUUCUGUCUCAUUCAGUGUAAAACAAUUCAUAAAAUGCUUUGGAUCUGUAUUUA